UGAGAGAAAGAAAAUAAAACUGUAACGAGAGAAAGUUUUGGUAAUUAUUGUACGUGUUCUCGCAAAAGUCCAACGGUGGCGCAACGGAAUCGAGAGGAGAAAGAAUAGAAUACGCGUAAAGAAGUAAAGAGAAAAAAUAAAGAAAGAAAGAAACGUGAAAAAAAGAGCGAGAGAGAAGGACUGAAUCGGACCUCCCCAUUUGUGUAGCAGCGAUGGCGGUGUUGGUGGUGCCGAGAACACUCUCCCUUCGUCUUUCACUCCCGGAGCUCUCCCCUCGCGAGUGAUAUAUUUUAAGAAUGGAGUAGACUUUUUAAAUGCCAUGAAAAUUAAAAAAAAUAUGUAUAAUCAACCGUCAAUUCGUUCGUCGCAGUCCUGGCAUCCUUAUCAAUUAAAGAUUAACAAUCGACGAAAGAUGAGUUCGAGUACUUGUUAUAAAUGCCACCGAAUGGGUCACUUCGCGCGGGAAUGCCCCCAGGGUAAUACCGGCGGACCUCGAGGAGAUCGUGGUGGACGCGGUGACAGAGACGGCGGAUUUGUACGAGGCCGCGAAAAGUGCUUCAAGUGUAACCAAUUUGGACACUUUGCCCGUGAUUGUAAAGAAGAUCAAGAACUCUGUUACCGCUGCAGUGGUGUAGGACACAUCGCAAAAGAUUGCCAACAGGGACCCGAUCUAAACUGUUACAUCUGCAACAAACAAGGUCACAUGGCCCGUAGUUGCCCAGAGGGUGGCAAUGAUUCCGGACGUUUUGCUCAGAAUUGCUACAACUGCAAUAAAGUAGGACACAUUGCACGUAAUUGUACCGAAGGAGGCGGAAAAAUUUGCUACAUUUGUGGCAAAAGCGGUCACAUAAGCCGUGAAUGUGACCAAGAUGACAGAAAGUAGGAGACAACAGUAAUCACUGGCGCUCGCUUAACGAUUGCGAUUAGCCGUUUAGCGUGGUGCACAACGCCUACAUCGAGAAUUGUAUCUAGGUAGAGGAUAAUUCUGUUGAAACAAUUUUAUAAUGUCAGCUACAGUUAAAGCGAUUUGAUUAUGCGUAAAUAAUAAGUCUUUUUUUUAUAUAUAUACACAUUGUUUCGUAGCAAUUAAUCUCUACUGAUGCGUCAAGUCUCGGUUGUCCAUUACACCACAAUAAUCUCCUAUUAUAAUCCCACUCCUAAAAUAAUUCCUUGACUCCUCAAUAAAUAUUCCUCUCUGUUUCCUUUUUUAUUAAAAUUCGAUUUAUUCCCUUUUAUAAAUUAUACCCGGAGUUGUUCUCUUCGUAAAAAAAAUAAAAAGAGGCUUAACAUUUUUUUUUCGACAAUGAUGCUUCUAAGUUUUUUAAUUGUUACACCGAUCACUUGCGCCUGCGCAACGACAUGGACACUUAUUAUUAUUAAUAUUAUAAUUAUAUACUUGUGAGGAUGAAGAAAGUUUGAUGAUGAUGAUGAUGAUAAUGAUGAUGAUGAUACUGAAGAUUAUGGUACACGAGACGAGAGAUAAAAUAUUUAACUAAAACUAACAACAUACAGACACACAACACUACUAAUGAAAUGUAAUAAUAAUUAUAACAUACAAAAAAAAUAAGAAUGAAAGAAUAAGAACAUUUGAUUGAUCAAAUAACGCGUAGGUAUGAAUCCUCAGCUCCUAUUUUUACCUUAAGCCUGUCUCGUAAUCGCAUAUAGUUGCGAUGCAAGGUGUAUGGAUUUUUUUUUUUUUUUCGUGUUGACCACAAUUGCAAAGUGAAAAGUUGAAGAAAACGAAUGAAAAAUUGAUGAGAUAAAAAAAAAAAUUACUGAUAAUUGUAUUGUACAUUAAUUAUUAUUAUUAUUAUUAUAAUAUCAUAAAAAGGUUUUUUUUUAUUGUAAACUGAGAACAUUUUGUUCACGGUCGAUCAUGAAUAUUUUUUGUUUUAAUUUAAUGGUGAUUAUAUGGUUGGAACAUAAAAAUUUUUUCUUGUAUAAAAUGAAGACUGAAUUGAACAGGCUUUUAAUUUUCUUUUUCUUAAGUAAAUGAGAGUUACAAAUGGGUAAA